AUGCAGGCCUAUGUAGUGUAUAUGGGUGACAAGCCAAAGAAUGGGGUGCCAAUAACACCUGAUCAUCAUGUGAAUAUUCUACGAGACGUAGUUGACAAUAAUAUUAACAACGAUAUUUCACAUGAAGCACUGCUUGUUCACAGCUACAGGAGAAGUUUUCAUGGAUUUGCUGCGAUGCUCACAGAAAAAGAAGCAGAAAAACUAGCUGAAUAUGAUGGUGUAGUGUCUAUCUUCCCAAGCAAAAAGAAGAGCUAUAAAACAACAAGGUCUUGGGACUUCGUUGGGUUUCCACAAACAAUUGAGAGAAUGCCCCUUGAAAGGGAGAUCAUCAUCGGUGUGAUGGACACUGGAAUUUGGCCAGAGGCAGAAAGCUUUAGUGAUGUUGGUUUUGGCCCUCCACCUAAGAAAUGGAAAGGCAUAUGCCAAGGCAAUAACAACUUCACCUGUAACAAUAACAUCAUCGGAGCACGGUAUUACCUUCCUUCUGGAUCCUCCAACUCAGAAGACUUGACAGACGAAUUUGAGUCUCCAAGAGACGCCAAUGGACAUGGAACUCACACAGCAUCUACAGCAGCUGGGAACUUAGUAAGAAAUGCGAGCCAAAGUGGAUUAGGGUUUGGAACAGCAAGCGGAGGAGUGCCAUCCGCACACAUUGCGGUUUACAAAGUAUGCUGGGGGGAGCAGCAUUGUGAUGAUGCUGAUAUUCUAAGGGCAUUCGAUGAUGCCAUUGAUGAUGGUGUUGACGUCAUCUCUGCUUCUCUCGGAGGCUCCGUUUCAGAAGAUUAUUUGACUGAUUCAGUAGCAAUUGGGUCAUUUCACGCUAUGAGAACUGGGAUCUUUGUUUCGAAUGCCGCUGGUAACGAUGGUCCGAAAAGAAAAACUGUGGAAGCCUUGGCACCAUGGCUUCUUUCUGUAGCUGCUUCCACCAUUAACCGCAAGUUCAUCACUAAAGUUCAAUUGGGUAAUGGUAAAAUCUAUGAGGGACUUUUACCGAACUCGAAAGACCUCGAGGGUAAAUUCUAUAAUUUAGUUUAUGGAGGAAACGUACCCAAUGAAACAGAUGGUGGUAAGAGUAGUUAUUGUUUACCAAACAGCUUAGAUAAAGAAAAGAUCAAGGGUAAAAUUGUGCUAUGUGAUUAUGGCCCCGCUCCAGAUACGAGCGACAAUGGCGACGGCGCCAUAGAAGGAGGUGCGGUCGGAGUUAUUCUAACAAGCGAUCAACUGUCUGAACAGCUCUCACAAUCAGACUAUCACUUUCCUGUAGCUACUGUCGGACUUGAAGAAAAUAGCAACAUUUACAACUACAUCAACCAAACGAGUAACCCAACUGCAACACUUUGGAAAAGUGAAGAGAUUGAUGAUGUAUUGGCUCCGUACAUAACCAUGUUCUCAUCAAGAGGUCCAAAUCCUUUGAAUCCCAACAUUCUCAAGCCAGAUUUAGCGGCUCCAGGAAGUAACAUUCUAGCAGCAAUUCCCCCAAAUGAUCGAGAUAAUAGUAACACUAGAUUUGAAUUGAUGUCUGGGACAUCAAUGGCGUGCCCCCAUGCUUCGGGUGUUGCUGCAUACGUCAAAUCAAUCCACCCAGAAUGGUCACCAGCAGCUAUCCUAUCGGCUCUCAUCACUACAGCUAAACCUAUGAGUGUCCAUACCACCCCGCACGCUGAAUUCGCAUAUGGAGCUGGCCUAAUAAACCCUUCUAGGGCUCCAUUUCCUGGUUUGGUAUAUGAUCUUGAACUACAAGACUAUAUAGAUUUUUUGUGUUCAAAAGGAUACCGCGGAAAGGAACUAGAAGACAUAACCAAGGACAAGACUAUCUCAUGCUCAUCAAAAUCUACCAGUGAAACAACCUACAAUCUGAACUACGCUUCUAUUGCUCUUUGUAUAAAGGAUCCGGAAUCAUUUAGUGGGAUCUUCCAUAGGACUGUCACUAAUGUUGGAUCGCCGAAUUCCAGAUACAAAGCUGAAGUGAUGGCUCCACUGGGACUCAAAAUCAGUGUGGAACCGAAUGAGUUAUCGUUCACAUCUCUCCAGGAGAAGAAAUCUUUUGUUGUCAAAAUUGAAGGGCCCAUUGAGAAAUCAAAUAUAGUCUCUGCGUCUAUGGUGUGGGAUGAUGGUAAUUUCCAAGUCAGGAGCCCCGUUGUUGUCUACAUGGACUUCUAA